UGUGGGAGGGUCUGUGGGGCGGGCUUGGGGAGGUCCAGAAGGAGGAUGGAGCAGUGAGCGGGUACGGGCCGCUGCCGGCAGCGCCAUGGAGACGGUGCAGCUGAGGAACCCACCGCGCCGGCAACUGAAAAAGCUGGAUGAAGAUAGUUUAACCAAACAACCAGAAGAAGUGUUUGAUGUCCUAGAGAAACUUGGAGAAGGGUCCUAUGGCAGCGUAUACAAAGCUAUUCAUAAAGAGACCGGUCAGAUUGUUGCCAUAAAGCAAGUUCCUGUGGAGUCAGACCUGCAGGAGAUAAUCAAGGAAAUCUCUAUAAUGCAGCAAUGUGACAGCCCUCAUGUAGUCAAAUAUUAUGGCAGUUAUUUUAAGAACACAGACUUGUGGAUUGUUAUGGAGUACUGCGGAGCUGGCUCUGUGUCUGAUAUCAUUCGAUUACGGAAUAAAACGUUAACAGAAGAUGAAAUAGCUACAAUAUUACAGUCAACGCUUAAGGGACUGGAAUACCUUCAUUUUAUGAGAAAAAUUCAUCGAGAUAUCAAGGCGGGAAAUAUUUUGCUAAAUACAGAAGGACAUGCAAAACUUGCAGAUUUUGGGGUAGCAGGCCAACUUACAGAUACCAUGGCCAAGCGAAAUACAGUGAUAGGAACACCAUUUUGGAUGGCUCCAGAAGUGAUUCAGGAAAUUGGGUACAACUGUGUGGCAGACAUCUGGUCACUGGGAAUAACCGCCAUCGAGAUGGCAGAAGGAAAGCCCCCGUAUGCCGAUAUCCACCCCAUGAGGGCAAUCUUCAUGAUUCCUACAAACCCUCCUCCCACAUUCCGAAAACCAGAGCUGUGGUCCGAUAACUUCAUGGAUUUUGUGAAGCAGUGUCUUGUAAAGAGCCCUGAUCAGAGAGCCACAGCUACUCAGCUCCUACAGCACCCAUUUGUCAAGAGUGCCAAAGGAGUGUCGAUACUGCGGGACUUAAUCAAUGAAGCCAUGGACGUCAAGCUGAAACGCCAGGAAGCCCAGCAGCGGGAGGUGGACCAGGAUGAUGAAGAGAACUCAGAGGAGGAUGAAAUGGAUUCUGGCACGAUGGUUCGAGCAGUGGGUGAUGACAUGGGCACUGUCCGAGUUGCCAGCACUAUGAGUGAUGGAGCCAAUACUAUGAUUGAGCAUGAUGACACGUUGCCGUCACAGCUGGGCACCAUGGUGAUCAAUGCGGAGGACGAGGAAGAGGAAGGGACUAUGAAAAGAAGAGAUGAGACCAUGCAGCCUGCAAAACCAUCUUUCCUUGAAUACUUUGAACAAAAAGAAAAGGAAAAUCAGAUCAACAGCUUUGGCAAGAGUGUACCUGGCCCACUGAAAAAUUCUUCAGAUUGGAAAGUACCACAGGAUGGAGACUAUGAGUUUCUUAAGAGUUGGACGGUGGAAGACCUUCAGAAGAGGCUCUUGGCCCUUGACCCCAUGAUGGAGCAAGAGAUCGAAGAGAUCCGGCAGAAGUACCAGUCCAAGCGGCAGCCAAUCCUGGAUGCCAUUGAGGCUAAGAAGCGGCGGCAGCAGAACUUCUGAGCAUGGCCAGGCCCCGGAGCCCUGUCUGCAUACCCGGCCUCCCGUGAAUGCUGUGAUUGCUCGCCACUCACGCUCGUUAGCCAGCAGUCCUGCCCUGUCGUUUCUCCACAGCACCUUUGUGAACUCAGGAAUGUGCGCCAGAGGGAAGGGCUACUUUGACAGUCAGCGCGCCACCUUGAUGUGUAUUUAAAUGGGUCGGGUAUAUUAUUUCAGAGAUUUAUAUUGGUGUUUUAAACCAGAGUUUUAAGUCCCAGGAACAGAGACUCCUUCCUAGUUGAGUGUUAGCUGGGAAAGUUCUACGUUGUCUUUUGUUUUUCCUCUCCCAAUAGCUUUUAAUUGUUCUUUCUGGAAGACUUUUUAAAAUAUAUAAAUAUACAUAUAUAUAUAAAUUAUAGAUUCCCCACUGAGUGUGGUGGCAUCUCUGUACAGGUACAGUUUUAAACAGUUUGCCUCUUUUCUGUAAGAUGAUGGUACUGUGGAACACGAGGAAGAGGACACCGGGAGGCUGUUGAGACACUGGGAUCCGAGGAGCAGCCCUACCCUUUGCAGGGCUGCAUUUAUAAACUAAGUUGGAGCCAGUUUUUUUGCCAUGGUUUCAGCCUUGUGUGCGUCACCGGUGGCUUCCACAGCCACCGGUGAUAUCCAAGAGAGCCCCAGGUGGGUGUGUUUCCUCUCUGAGUUCCAAGAGAAGCCUGGCCCCCUUUUUGCAAAUUGGUCUUUACUGUGUUAACGCCUCUCAUCCAUCUCCACUCUCCCAACUGCCUAAGUGACAGCACAGAUUCUGCCCAGUGCCUUAAGAGGAGAUGCAAUCCAGGGAGGGGACAGGCUGACCAGGAACUCUCGCAAACACAGGGCCAUGUUCAGUCCAUAAAAGGGAGAGGGUUUCCGAAGCUCUCGUUGUUUGUGCGAAGAUCCCACACUUUGCGUUUUGCUCUGCAUUCCUUACAGAGAGGGGUAGAGGGCAUUCAUUGCUUUGUGACCCGUAUUCAAAUAUGUGACUUAUUUUCUUUUUCAUUUUACUGCUAAGGGGUCUGGAAAGUGUAGAUGAAAAUCAGAUUUCUCCAAGAGGAUCAAUUCGACACGGAGGGCUGGAAGGGACCGUCAGAUCAUCUGGUCCGACCCCCCCGCUGCAUAAAUGGGAAAGCUGGGGCUUAGAGAGGGGAAGUGACGUGGCCAAAAUCACAAAGCAAGUUAGAGAAGAGCUCGGGCAAGAACUUGAGGCUCCUCACUCCUGGGCCAUUGAACCAAGCAGAGCAGCCUCUUCUUCCUGGGAAGAGACUUGUGUCACUUGGUUAAGCUGCCUCUGGGGACCCUGCUAAGGAAACUUGCUUUUGCUUUGCUUCUUAAGUGGAUGACCUGGCUGUGAAGAGGCUCCCAAGGGAAGCCAGUUUGUUCAUUUUAUCAAGUCUGAGCUCUGCAGGGUCUGACGGACAGCAGCCCAGCAUCCGUGCAGGCAGAUCUAGAGCCUGAAGCAGAUGAGACAGCACAGAGCCAUCCUUCUAAAGUUUUGGCUCAGGACCACAUGGCAUUAGUCACCAGCAAAAAGCAGACAGUUGGAAAGGACAGAUGUCUUUUUUUACUUAUUUAUUUUCUAAUCUCUCUUCCCCUCAGUAGGGGAGCCAUGACUGGGUUGCUCCUGAGGAUCCUGUAAUCUGACUCCAUAAUUGCUUUUGCUCCCCAAACCUGGGAAUCAGUGGAAAGGUGGGGAAUGUUCCUGUGGCCAGUUUCUGUCCCUUGCAUUUAAAACAAGAUUUACAAAAUGCAAGAGGCAGUUGUUAGUCUUCAGGGUUUAGCCAGGUAAGCAGCUGUGUGGCAGAUACAGAAAGACAGGACAGUUUGAGGAUCUCUUGGGAUGAUAAUGGCAACUAGCAUUUGUUGACCACUGAUUGUGUGCCAUGAGGCUCUUUACAUAUGUCAGCUCCAGACUUCACAAUAACCCUGUGAGUUAAGUACUUUAUCUCCAUUUCAUAAAUGAAAAAAAAAAAGUUCAGAGAAGAAAAGGUUCUCUCCCAAGACAAUACAGCUAGUAGAACUAGGAUUCAUAGCAUCACCAUAUGGGACCAAUAUUUAUAGGGAAAAGGAAAGUAACAAGCCUGUUUCAAAUAAAGUGACCACCUUUUCUUGCGUAGACUCAGUCUGUACUCUAGCUGGCAUUUUGGGUUGGGAAGCAGCUGAAUUAGUAAUCAAGUGUAACAGCCAAGUGAGUUUUAGAAACCAAAGCAUUGAAUGUGUAUCGCCCAUACCGUCUGCUGUGCUAAUUGACAGUCCUGUCUCAGUCUCUUUCUUUCUUAAAACAAAAGACUUUGCAAUUGGCCAGACAGGAGGGAAAUGCCCAUUUUUCCUUUCCUAGGCCAGAUCCACGUAAAAAAAGGUUCAGUUUUUCCCCAUAAAUAUUCUUGGGUCAUGAGCCUUGAUCUGUAGUUUAUUUGGUCUCAAGCAUGUGUGCACCCACAGUCUGGUCCAACACAGUACGUUAACUCACCAGCCUGGCUAGACAGAGCCCUUUGGCCAGAAGCCUAUUUGUUUUGGAUCAGAAAAAUUUCCUGAGAAGGUGUAUUUGUUUCUAGUAGCAGAAUGGCAGAGGAGCAUUCCUAGUCAUUUUUUCCUUGAAUACUAAAUUCAGGAUAUGUCAGCUUGCUUUUAUUGAGACCUGAGCUUCAAUCAUUGCUUGAGCACUUAGUAUUCAAGCUGUCAGGGAGCUCUGAGCCCCUCACUUGUUUUCUGCCUCAAAGAAAACAAUCGUGUCUUUAAAGACCUAAUUGUGUCUUUAAAAAUAUUUCAGAUUCUCUAAGAAUGUCUUAAUUGCCUCCCCAUCAGUAAUUUCAAAUUAGAUUUCUGUAUUCCUCCUUUGUUCCUUCCCACAACCAACAAUUGAGUGGAUGAAUGUUUGGCUCGGUGGGUGGGUGGGUGGAGGUUGGAUGGAUGGAGAUAGAUCAAUUAGAUAGAUAAGAUUAGAUAGAUAGGGACCAACCAAUAAUCUGAGGCAAUUUAGGAACUGUAGCCUUGACUACUUGAGGCUAUAGACUGUGAUCCAGGAAACAUUUAGCAUCUACCAGGUGCCAGAAAUGUAUUAUACCAUUUAAAACCCAGUAGGUCUUACCAGUAUCAGCAAUGAGAGAGGUAACAUCACUACAGAUCCUACAGAUAUUAAAAGAAUAAUAACAGAAUAUUAUCAACAACUUUAUGCCAAUAUAUUCAACAACUUAGUGAAGUGGACAAACUCCUUGAAGGAUACAAACUACCAAAGCUCACACAAGAGGAAAUAGAUAGAUCUGAAUAGUCCCGUAUCUAUUCCAUCUUAGCUCUGGGAGAUACAGGUAUUACUGCCCUCAUUUACAGAUGAGAAAACCGAGGCUCAGAGAGGUGAAGUCUGUUGCUCAAGGUCAUGCAGCUAGAAUAUGGCAGAGCCAGGAUUCGGCUCCAGGUCUUCUGAUUCUUACUGCAGUGCCCUUUCUAGCAUACCAUGUUGCCUCUAAAGAUUGCAGCUCCUUAUUUACUGGAAAAUUGUUCUCGCCCAAUCCAGUCUCCCCACCCCAUCCUGUCUUAAGCUCUGUGUUGGUGGUUUCAUCAGGAUUAUAUUCAUAGUCUUUCAAAUCCAUGUUCUUGUUUGUGUUUGGAAAAACAUCUCUUCCACCAGCUCGCACUGGACCAACUUGGAAAAAAAAAAGCUUAAAUGCUGUUACUGAUGUACAGUUUUAAAAUGUGAAGUUUGUAGCUUUAACUUUUUGUAACGGAAACUAAUAACACUGGCUUAAAUGCUACUUGAAAUGCUAUUUUGUAAGGUUUGGAUGUACAUAAUCAAUCAAGGUCAGCAGUUUGUAUAUGUAUGAGACACAGCGUCCUCCAUUGCCCUCCCCCCGCCUUUUUUUUGAGAUGCUUCCUGUGAGCUUUUAUAUUAGAAUUGUUGUUUUCCCUCCUUUUUUCUUCCUACACCUUGUCAUCUUUGUUUUAAAUAAACUGCCCUUUGGAA